AUGAUUACGAGGUGGGACACAACAAGAAGGGACACCUUUACACUAAGCGUAGAGAUACUGAAUGUCGUAACUCCUGCAGAAUUCACAUCAGAAAGUGUGUUAUAUCUUUACAAAAACAAAAUAGCUUUUAAGGAAGCCUCUGAAACUUCAAGGAAGAAAGAAAUCUAUUUUAAACAAUUAUAUAUUUUCAUGUAUAAAAUCACAGAUGAUAUCAUAGGAUAUUACAUCCUGGGACAACAAAUAAAAUUGUAG